AUGUCUACCCCCGUGGAUGAACGACCUGAGCCGACUUACAUACCACUAACAUACACCACAAGCCAAGCACGACCUAGUCAGGAUGGCAGAGCAAGCAUGGAUCGUCCUUCGUUACCGAACUAUAACGUGAACAGACUGAACCGCAACAACAGUCAGGACAACAAAUCUUCAGAUGAUGAUGGGACGGUGGUUGGAGAUGGCGAGCAAGAAAAGGCAAACCUCGAGCACCACAAGGAGAACAUCCCGCCACUGCAUACAGGACGUGCCAGGGCAGGCAGUCAUCUCACCGUCGCCACCGAAUAUGAUCCCGGUGACCCUCUCUCCACCGUCUACAGCCCCUCCGUCAACCGCGAGCAGGCCAAACGAUUAGACGAUGAUCUGGCCAUGCUCAAGAUCGAACGUCAAGUCUCAAAAGCAGUGGAAAACCAAGACCUCUCCCGCACCAAGAGCGAAGAAGGUGAUGGCAUGUACCGCUCCCGAUCCCGACGUCGAGACGAACACCUAGACGAAUUCGAUAUCGCUACAAACCCGGUGCAUGAGAAGACGCAGGUCUAUAAGCCCGUGGAACAUCCUGCUUCGGCUUUCGCCAAGUUCAUCUCACGAGUGCAUAAGUCGAAUUGGUUGAUUCGGUAUAUGACGUAUAUCGCUCCGUUGACCUUGAUAUUGCUCAUACCGCUGCUCAUCGGCGCACUGGUCAGUCCGGCCAAGAGCGCGUCUGUGGGAGGUGUUUACCUGGUGUGGUUUAUGAUCUGGCUGGAAAUAGUAUGGCUGACGCUAUGGGCUGGCCGGAUCUUGGCAAAGUGUCUACCUUGGCCGAUUGGAUUGGUCUCCAGCUUGUUUACGAACAACAGCAAAAAGUGGCGGGAUAUGGGAAAGCAGCUCGAGCUACCCGCCACCCUAUUCUUCUGGUUCCUGGCAAUCGAGAUCUCCUUCCUGCCGACCAUGAGUAAUCACGUCAAGCCGCCGGCUUCGGGCACACAACACUGGAUGAUCCCCAUGAAUAAAGUCAUCAUCUCGCUUUUCGUCGGCGCCGUACUCAAUUUCGUGGAGAAGAUCAUCAUCCAACUCAUCGCCAUCAGCUUCCAUCUCCGCACCUACGCUGACAGGAUCGAGAUCAACAAGUUCCAGAUCGGUAGCCUGACGAAGCUAUAUCAAUUCUCAAAGGAGAAGAUUCAGAUGGAGGAUUCCGAGUUCGAACAGCCGUCCGCUGGGCCAGCAUCGGGUGCUCGUACGCCAGGACAGUUGUUGAACGAAGCUGGGAAGACUACGAAGGAAGCUUUCACUCGAUUCGGAGAUAUUGCUGGCAAGGUUGCUGGUGACUUUACUGGAAAGCAAGCGAGCAAGAGCACACAUCCCAGUCAGGUCACGCUCGCGCUUAUCGGCACGACUCCCGGCGCACAAGUGUUGGCUCGUCGACUUUAUCGGACUUUCGCCCGCGAGGAGACGGAGACAGUGUAUUCGGAAGAUCUGAAGGACGCCUUCGAAAACGAUGACGAAGCCGAGGCCGCGUUCAGCAUGUUUGACAAGGACAUGAAUGGGGAUAUCUCGAUGAACGAGCUGGAAGCCGUCUGCGUGGAGAUUGGGCGCGAGCGCAAAUCCAUCACCGCAUCGCUCAAGGAUCUCGACUCCGUCGUCGCCAAGCUAGACGACGUCUUCAUCAUCGUCGUCCUGGUCUUCAUCUCCCUCAUCUCCACCUCGGCCGCCGGCGUCCUCACCUCCCUCGGCUCCUCCGUCCUAGCCCUCUCCUGGCUCUUCUCCGUCACCGCGCAGGAGUUCCUCCAAUCCGUCAUCUUUGUCUUCGUCAAACAUCCUUUUGACGUCGGCGAUCGCGUCAGCGUCUACGGUAACACGGGCACCCUCGGCCGAGGAGACGACUACUUCGUCAAAGAAAUCAGCCUCCUCUACACCGAAUUCAAGAAAAUGGAAGGCCACGUCGUUCAAGCUCCCAACAGCUACCUCAAUACCCUCUUCAUCCUCAACCAGCGCCGCUCCGGCGGUCUGGCGGAAGCAGUCAGCAUCACGAUCAAAUUCGGCACCACCCUCGACCAAAUCGAAGGUCUCCGCAACAAACUCCUCGAUUUCGUGCGAGCUGAAAAGCGCGAGUACCAGGGCAAUAUCCUCACCGAACUCCGCGAUAUCGUCGAAGUCCACAGUAUGAACCUCAACGUCGUCUUUUUCUACAAAUCCAACUGGCAGAAUGAAGGGCUGCGUCUGGCACGGAGGAAUAAGUUUAUUUGUGCCAUGAUGGUUAGUAUGCAAGAGCUCGGCAUCGAAGGACCGAGGAUGCGUGAUCCGGGGUUGAAACAAAGUUUUCCUAUGUAUUUGCAGAAGGUGCCGCAUUAUGCUGUACCCGGGAUGGGACAGUCGGGGCAUCCGGAUCAGCCGGGUGGGUUUGAUCCGAGACAGCAGCAGCAGCAGCAGCAGCAACAGCAGGAGGCGGAGGGGGAGGAUGGGGAGUAUCACGAUCCGCCUUUUGUGGCUCCGGUCCCGGGACAUGAAAGUCAUACUGGCUCCCAGAUGCCUUUGCCGCACUCCAGACUCCGCAGCGGUUCCGCACUCAAAGGCGGUCGCCCAAGAGGUGAAUCGCUCGCGCAGAUGAAUAAGCGGGUGGAUUUCAGUCUGGGGGCGAAUAGUUUUAUCGCGGCGGACUUCGCGGGGGAUGUCUAUGAAGAUCGCGAUCGGCCGCGUAUCCCAGCCGAAAUCUUGGAGGCUUCGGAGAGUAGGGAACGGAGACGUGCGUCGCAGGAAGGUAGUAGUGGGAGUCAGGAUAUCGGCCGGACUUCUUCCCGUGAACACCCGAGGAGUUUUACGCCCGGCAACCUUGCGAGAAGGAGUACGACGGAUUCGGGAUCGAGAUAUCCCCCUACUCGUCCCGGCGGCGGCUCCAUUCAUCGGAACCGGUUUUUCGGCCGCGGAGGGGCUUCGAAUCUUCGACCAGGGACUAGUGAGGCGGAUUUGAUGGAGGGGGGUAUGAUGGCGGAUAUUCCUGAGGUUCCUUCGGGUCAGAAUACGGCGGGUCAGACACCUCCUCAUACCGCUGGGUCGGAGCGCUUGGAUCCGAGGACGGGGAUGGUGAGUCCCGCUGCUUGGAGGAUGGAUACUAAUGAGAGUAAUCUUCAUCCGGCGCCCGUUGUUAGUGGCGGUCUGGGGGAGGUGUCGGGAAAUGUGCCGGAUGGAUAUCGGGCUGUGGGGAGGAGUCGGACGGAGGAUUUCGAGAUGAGGCGGUUUAGGUAG